ACAAAAGAAGUGGGCAGGGCAAGAAGCCCAGUGCAUAGCUUACAACUCACAAGUCUCAGUUCAAUCUUCUCAAAGUCCAGAUCGGCGAUCUCUAAAAAGAUUUCUACUGUUCAAUUCCCAUUUCUUUACUGUUCAAUUCCCAUUUCUUUAGCUCGUCUCAUUGUUUUCCAGUCACGGCUGGAUUUCAGGGCAAAAUGACGGAAGAGGAGAGACGGUGCAUCGUAACCGGCGGCAGAGGCUUCGCCGCUCGUCAUUUGGUCGAAAUGUUAAUCAGAUACGGCAUGUUCUCUGUUCGAAUCGCUGACUUGCCUUCCAAAAUUGACCUCGAAUCGCACGAGGAGAACGGUCUCCUCGGCGAAGCUUUACGCUCCGGUCGUGCUGACUACGUUUCGGCUGAUCUUCGCCACAAAGCUCAAGUACUCAAAGCUUUGGAAGGAGUGGAGGUUGUUUUCCAUAUGGCGGCUCCAAAUUCGUCGAUUAAUAAUUUUUCGCUUCAUCAUUCGGUUAAUGUUCUAGGUACUAAAAAUGUUAUUGAGGCUUGCAUUCAACUUAAAGUGAAAAGGCUUAUUUAUACGAGCUCCCCGAGUGUUGUUUUCGACGGGGUUCACGGAAUCUUUAAUGGGAAUGAAUCUUUGCCUUAUCCAGCUAAUCAUAAUGAUUCAUACUCAGCUACAAAGGCCGAGGGAGAGUCACUGGUCAUGAAAUCAAAUGGGAUUGACGGGCUUCUAACUUGUUGCAUACGUCCGAGUAGUAUUUUUGGCCCUGGGGAUAGGUUGUUGGUUCCAUCAUUGGUUGCGGCAGCCCGGGCAGGGAAAUCCAAGUUCAUAAUUGGUGAUGGAAACAAUGUAUAUGAUUUCACUUAUGUUGAAAAUGUGGCUCAUGCUCAUAUUUGCGCUGAACGAACUUUAGCUUCUGGAGGAGAAGUUGCUGAAAAAGCUGCCGGGCAGGCAUAUUUUAUCACCAAUAUGGAGCCAAUCAAGUUUUGGGAGUUUGUUUCUCGAAUACUUGAAGGUCUUGGCUAUCAGAGGCCAAAAAUAAAGAUUCCUGCCAUUGUUAUAAUGCCAAUUGCACAUCUGGUGGAGUGGACAUAUCGGCUAUUAGGCCCGUAUGGCAUGAAGGUUCCACAAUUGACACCUUCAAGAGUUAGACUUCUAUCUUGCAGCAGAUCUUUUGAUUGUUCAAAAGCAAAGGAUCGGAUUGGCUAUACACCAAUUGUCUCACUUGAGGAUGGUCUACAGAAGACAAUUGAGUCAUUCUCACACUUGAGAGCUGAAAAUCAACCCAAGAGAGAGGGGCCAUCUAAAGUUUCAGUCUAUCUUGGACGGGGAAAGGUUGCUGACACACUACUUUGGAAGAAUAAAAGGCAGACACUGACUGUGCUAUUAGCAUCGGUUGCAAUUUACUACUACUUCAUUGCUUCGGGUGCUACCAUUAUCACCGCAGUUUCAAAGCUUCUCUUGUUGUCACUAUUUUUCUUGUUCAUCCAUGGCAGUCUACCAAAUAGAAUAUUGGGAUAUACAGUAGAGAAAAUUCCGGCAUCAAAUUUCCACUUAUCAGAAGAGAAAUCAAGAAACAUUGUAAUGUUGAUGGUUUCAUCCUGGAAUUGUGCUGUUAAUGCUUUGAAAUCCCUUUGCAAGGGGAAGGAUUGGAUACUGUUCCUCAAGGUGGUUUUUUCUUUAUUGCUUCUUAGCUUCCUUGGGGCCGUAUCAUUUCAGACUAUUUUUGUCAUAGGACUUCCGGUUGCCUUUAUAGCUUUCUAUGUAUACGACAAAAAGGAGCAAGAAAUUGAUUCUUUUGUUCUAGAAGCCUUCUCCUUGGGGUGCAAAUUGAAAUCUGGUAUUUCCAGGAAAAUAGUGUCCUCCAAGAAGAAUGACUGAUGGCAUACUCAUAUGGACGUGUAUUGUUACUUGUAUUUUAGCCAUUUCACCAUUCAUUUUGAAAUCCCUUCGUAUAUUUAGAUUUGAUUCACUUGUAUGUAGUCCUUGGGA